CCAGUAUGAGCACUGAUGAUUUUUAGGAAUAUGUUCUGGUUGAAAUUGUUAGCUUUUAUACUUAAUUCAGUUUAUUUUUUAGACUACUUUGCUAAGUCUAAAGUCUAGUUUGAGAAAAUCUGAUGUGCUCUUGCACCUAUUUGUAGGCCUGCUAUAAAUAGGCCCCUGCUGGCAACACAUGCAUGUCUAUGAUAGGCAGUUACAGAGAUAUUCUUUACCAGCUCUGGCUCCAAAGCAACACUGACAACAUCUCAAUGGGGUUUUUACAUGGAUAACACCAUUAAGUUUGAGCCUUGAACUUUGACAAGCUUUGGACGUGAACACGGAGCCGUAUUACACUGUGGGUUGACACAUUUAUCUUGGAUCUUAAUUACUUUGUGAAUUGCUUCAGUGGACAAUGACUUCCAGAAGGCCAAUGACACGCUCUUUUUCUGGCAAUGGGAGGACAAGCAGCUUCAGUGAAGAGGAGGGCAGCUCUUCCAAUGGCCGCAAUACUUACCUCUCGAAUGUUAGGCCUGAAAACAGCUCAAGGUAUUCUCACUACAGGCCAACGAGGAGCACAUUGUGCAGUGUCAUGGCUCAGCUCACUGAGGACAUACAGCCGUCCUUUGAGACCACCUUGAAAUCAAAGGCAGUCUCAGAAAACUGUAACGUGAAGUUCACCUGUGUGGUGUCAGGUUACCCAGCUCCAGAACUGAAAUGGUAUAAAGAUGAUAUGGAAAUGGAUCGGUACUGUGGACUCCCAAAAUAUGAAAUUGGCCGGAAUGGAAAAACCCACACCCUCCAUAUAUACAACUGCACAUUGGACGAUGCAGCCAUCUAUCAGGCCUCAGCUAGUAAUAGUAAAGGCAUUGUCUCCUGCUCGGGAGUUUUGGAGGUUGGCACCAUGAAUGAGUACAAGAUCCACCAGCGGUUUUUUGCCAAGCUGAAGCAGAAAGCAGAGAAAAAGAAGAAAGACUUGGAGGAGCAGACUAAGAAGGAAGAUAAAACAAACAUUCAGAGAGAGAAACCACAGAAAAGCCCAGAACGUCCUCCAAGGAAGCGGCCUAUCCUACCACCAAAGGAGAAGCCAGUGGUCAAGGAGCCCGAGGUUGGGGAACAAGUGGGAGCUGCUGCAGGACCUAAUGGAGUUAGCUCGGAAGUCAUGGAAACAGAAACUAUCUCAUCCACAAACAGCAGCCCGGAGAAAGAGGUACCUCCAUCUGGGGAAACCUUGGCUAAAAAGAAAAUAAAGAUCUCAAAUGGUGUAGAUGUUGGGGUCUCCAACAGCAAUAGCAGCAGCAGCAGCAGUGGCAGAAGCCAUAUGAUGGGAAAUGGAGGUGAAAACUGUUACGAUGGAGGAAUCAGUUUGGCACAGUUUCUAGCGGAGACUCUCCAGUCUCAGUCAGCUGAGGAGAAACAGAACUCAUCUCGAGUGGAGAAACCUAAAGAGAUGAAUGUACCUGUUGUAAAUGACAGUAAAGAGACAGAGGGGAUGCAGAAAGAGAGGGAAGAACAAGAAAAAGCAACAGAGGAAGAGUAUGAGAGAGAGAAAAGGAGUGACGAGGACUUGGUCAUAGAAAAAGAACGGCUCUCUGAGAUGUGGCAUACAACAGACCACAGUAAACAUGACUCAGAGGUCAAACAUCACAGCAGGGCUCAUAAGGAUCACGACCACCACAACAUCCAGGCUUCCUUCUCCUCUAUGCUCCACACCGUCAAAGACUUCUUCUUUGGUAAGAGUAAGAAGGGCUUUCAUGAUCACAUUGAGGACAGGGAGAGAGAGUUUGACCACGACUCAAUUCAGCCUCCUCAACCGGAAACGCCGCCGUCAUUUCGGCUCCAACAGGAGUGUAAUCCAGAUGUGUACAAGCCUCUAACAGAAGAUGUUGUGCCUAUGGAAACAGAUAAACCAAAUGAGUCUUCAGGAAGUGUGUAUAUGCAACAGCCGUCAGUGUCAUUGGAGACACAUGAACAUAAGCAUGAAGACAGUGUUCUACACACAGACCUGACACCAGCUGAUAAAUUGCCACCAAAGAGCACAGAGGAGUCCACAAGGCAGAGUGUCAAGGAGGCGGAUGAUGCUGCGGAGGCCAUGGAGGUGUCUGUGGGGACAGGGAGCAGCAGUCCAGGCGAAGAAAUACCAUUGUCCGGGCUUCAAGUUCUCACUGAGACGGAAGACAAAGAUUCUCAAGUAGUCUCAGUUAUCAGCAAGGUUCCUGUAAACCAGCAAGAGCCAGAUUGCCUGGUAGUUUCACCACGGCCUGAUCACCAGGCUGCAAGAGAUGCCUCCUUACCCAGGGAAGAUAUAUCUGUCUUACCACUGACCAAAACCCCUUCUGAAGAAGGAGAAGAGCAGCUGAGUAUUGAUAAGAUGGGCCAAGAAGGUAAACCUGACACAGUGGAAGGGCUUUCUUUUAAUAAGUUGUGUGAGGAGGAGAAAGCUGAAGUGAAAUCAAGCAAACAGCCGUGCUCAGAUAUAAACAGAUCUGAGAACACUGAAUUAACAACACCUUCACUGGAAGAGAGAAUAGAGCCAUGUGAGUCUAAAACACCAGAUCAGGUGCUUUCUCCUCUGCCUGCUGUGGUAGCAGACACUGCAGAGAAAGAUUAUGUAAAAGAAGAGGCCAAAUGUACUUCGCUGGUUCAGGAAAUGAAUGUAGGAUUUCCGCCUAGUGCAGCCCCAGAUAGUUUAGAGAACGUUGACCUAAAAAUACAGCCUGAAUGCCCUCCUUCUACCGCAGAGGAAAGUGCAGAUGUCCACACUCUCAAUGCAAUACCGAGUUCAAGCUCAGGUUUUACAAGCGGUGAAGAGAAAAGUGACUUGAAAGAUUUAGUGAAUUCUGUUUUGGAGGAAGGCGUAGAAGUUAAAUUGUGUAACGAUCUAAACACACAAGAGCAGGCAACUUUAGAAGGUGAGAACACAGAAACAAGCAAUGAGUGUUUACAGUUUGAUGUGGAGACAGAGAAGAGAGUAGAGGAGUCGGAUGAAUCAAAGAUAGUUUCAGUAACACAAAACGAGGGAAGCAGUGCUAAUGUUUUGGAGGAACAUAAUGAAAUUGCACAGCCUGACGGUGGUGAGACACAGCUGGGUUGGCCCUCAGAGAAUAUUCCACAAAUCCAAAUAUCUGCUAUUGAAGACACACCAGGUAUUAAACCAACUGUGCCGGAUGUAAACCAAAAUGAACAUUUUGUAAUCCCAAAAAUUGAAAUAAUGGAGCCUGAGCUCAAAGAGUGCACUCAGCCACUAACUGUUGUUGCACUCAAAGAACCAGAAUCAGAGCCUGCUCUUUUACAAAAACAUGAUGCAACUCAUGUGUCAGAGAUAAUUGUCCAAGACCAGAGCAUGACUGAUUCUCCACACUCAUUGCCCACAGAGAAAGGUAUGCAAAAUGAUUAUAACCUCUCCCUGGCACAGAAAGUAAAGGAAGUUGCACAAUUAGAUGACGAGACAGAAAUGCUUGAGCAGGAGCAGCCACGCGUGAAGAGCAGUGAACAGCUCCCUCAGAUGGACUAUGCAUCAAUUCCUCUUAUAAAUGUUUCAUGUACUGAUGACAAGGAGAAUGAUGCAUUUGUAAAUGCCCAUGUUUCACAUACACUGCAGCCUUUUGAAACUCCAACGGUGCCUUUGUUUGUGGUGCCACCAAUCUCUGUAACUUGUCAUGAAAGUGAUCCUGGAGUAAGACUGCCCACACACAGUGAGUGGACGGAGACAGAAACUUCAGCUACCACUCAAAGGGGAACAAAGCAUGAUGUUGAUAUUACUAUGACAGCGAAACCUGAAAAAGCAGAGAGUAGAAAACAGAACCUUGAAGAAGUGUCAGACAAGAGUGUAAAAGAGAACACUCCCUCUUUGGUAUCGGAAGCUCCACUGCCAAAGGUUGGUGACAAUGUGGUGUCAAUCAAUAAAACAGCGGAAGACAACAUUGUUCCUGAAAAGAAAAAUAAGACAAAACCUCUUAAAGAGGCCAAGAUAGAGAAUUCUGUGUCUGUUGAGGACCCCCAGAAAAACAGAUGCACUGUUGAGCGACUCAGCUGUAAACCCCCGGCACAUCCAUCACUGAGUCCAGCCAGUCUUCGCAAAUUCAUGCCCAAGGCUGCUCCAGACUCAGACAGUGAGGCUGUGACGGCUGUCCCUGUGAUCACUGUGGGUGAUCGUCAGAGUGACAAGGCAGAUGAAGAUCUCAGCGGAGGCUCAACACCAACAUCAUCCCUCUCCUGUGAAAGCAGUCCCCGGCUGAAACGCAGAGACAGCCUGUCGCUCAUACGCUCCGCCACACCUGAGGAGCUGGCCUCCGGAGCUCGCCGUAAAAUCUUCAUCCCAAAAGCUAAAGACGAUGGAGAGGGAGCAGUGCUUGGUGUGCUCGACACUCAAGGCAAGAAGGAGACUCCCUACAUGUCCCCAGGCCAGGCUCGCAGAGCAGCAUUACUACAAGCUUCCACGGGACAAAACACCCCACCAAUGGAGAGGCGCUCUCCACUACUGAGCCGCAGAAAGGCCACCUUGGAGGUGCCAAAAGUGGUGGAGGAGACACCAAAAGAAGAGCCAGUCACCAAGAGAGAGGAGAAACCAGCUGAAAAGAAGCUAGAUCCUUUGAAAGCUCCACAGGUCAUCCGUAAGAUCAGGGGAGAGCCGUUCCCAGAUGCCUCGGGACACCUGAAGCUGUGGUGCCAGUUCUUCAAUGUGCUCAGUGACUCCACCAUUAAAUGGUACAGAGACGAGGAGGAAAUACUAGAGGUGAAGAGAAGCGGAGGUGAUGAAAGCCAAGUGGCCUUGGCUAUUGUGCUGGCAUCCAGCCAAGACUGUGGGGUAUAUGGCUGUACGAUCAAGAAUGAAUACGGGAGCGAUACCACUGACUUCCUGCUCAGUGUAGACAUUCUGUCUGAGAUACUACUAAGAGAUGAUUUGGAAGUCGGAGAGGAGAUCGAGAUGACCCCAAUGCUGUUCAACAAAGGCCUGGCUGACUGUGGAAACUGGGGUGAAAAGUUCUUUGGCCGCAUCAUGACUGAGACAGUGAACAUCGGGGAGGGCUGCGCUCACAAAGCCAGCAAAGUGAAGGUUAUUUAUGGCUUGGAUCCUGUCUUUGAUUCUGGAAGCAACUGCAUCAUCAAAGUUCAAAACCCCAUCGCCUACGGGACCAAACAAGAGAGCAACCUUACAGAAAGGAAUCUAGAGAUUUCUAAGCAAGAAUGCAAAGUCCAAAACAUGAUUCGAGAAUACUGUAAAAUCUUUGCAGCUGAAGCAAGAGUUAUUGAGAACUUUGGCCAUUCUCUAGAAGUGAUUCCUCAGUAUCUGAUGUACCGGCCUGCGAACUCUGUGCCAUAUGCUACAGUGGAGGCUGAUCUCGCAGGUGUCUUCCUCAAGUAUUGUAUGAUGGAUCCUAAAGGCAGGCUGAUUACACGAACCAUUUCUGAGGUGGAGCAGAAAUGCAGCGCCUUCCAGCACUGGAUCCAUCAGUGGACGCAUGGCAAUUUACUCGUCACCCGGCUGGAGGGUGUUGAAGCGAAGCUUACUAAUGUUAGAGCUGUGACCAAGUCAAAAGGAUACCAAGGAUUAACUGAGUAUGGCUCUCCUGAAGUAUUCGAACAGUUCCUGACACAGCAUCAGUGCAACUACUACUGUGGACUUCUUGGCCUGCGCCCCCUGAAGUCUAUGGAUAGUCUGCUGCAGCCUACCAAGAUAAAGGGCUCCAGGAGCCCCCUUCUCAACCGCAAGUUGGGCUCUAACAGCCCACAGCUGCAGCGGAAAGGACAGAGCCCUCAAUUGUCUAGAAAGGCAAAUUCUAGCCCAAGGGUGACAAGAAAAGUUCAGGAGCCAGAGAACAAUAAAUCAGACACCAAACCCAAGCCUGCAGAAACUGUCAAUGCUCUUGAAAUGCCGUAGGAAGAAGGCCUUCCUGUUUUAGUGCUUUUAAUGAUUAAUUAUUACCUGUUUCUUUCCAGUUACCAAAGCCAGCAAGGACAUGAGGAAUAAGAGUAAUGAGAAAAAGACUAGUUUUUUGACCUGACUUGUCAAAAAGAAAAAAUAAUACUGUGAAUUUCUCAGUCGCCAUCACACCUAUCUUACAUCCAUUUCCCGGUUAGUCAGUUAAUAUAGUUAACUAGGUUUAUGGUGUGUUUAUGUUUGGAGUUGGCUCAAGGUUUUUGACCUUAUACAGCAAAUUCAGUGUUUUUUACUGUUAGAGAAUGAAAAACAACACUGGGCCACAUUAGAGUUGACACUAUUAACUUCACCUCAGAGUCUUACCAGCUCUAUGAAUGGAUGUCAACAUUUUAAGGACUGUUGAGUAUGAAAUGCGACCACAGCCACAGAGGUGAUUGAGGUAAUGUAUCCUUAUUAAACACACAUGUUCAUCUAUGAUGUACAGUAUGUGUGUAGGGUAUAAGUUUAUUUUGGAGAUGUUAUUUGUGGUUAACAUUAGAAAUGCAUAUGCGACAUUACUUUUCACAGCAAAGUCGAGCUGAUGCUGUGGAAUGACAGCACCAAGAUGUUUGUGUGCACUUUGUUUUUGGCAUUACUUUUUAGUAGUUAUUGAGUACUUGUAUCUUUUUAUUAUAGAGGUCGUCUGUGUCUUUAAUCAAUCCUCUGUCAGUAUUUCAGAAAAUAUGCCGGUGAAUGCCUCUGUCAAAGCUGUAGGCAAUAAGGGGCUUACCAGUGAACUCUUUAACUAUGGCAUGCUUAUGCUCAUUGACAUGCGAACACAUAAGCCAGCACAGAGGUCUGCUGAAUGAGGUCCACACAGUUAUUUGGACCUGUACUACGGACUGUGGGAUAAAAGCACACUGAACAAAAUAAACAAAAGAGCAGAGGACUUAGGACUUUUAGAUGCCUAUUGAUCACUUAGUAAGGCUCCCUGUGUGAAAUCUGUGAAGUUUUACAGCAACUGAAAAUCACUGAACAAUACAGCUGUAAGUUUUGCUAGGGUACAGUUGGUCAACAUAAACCAGACCACAAACACUUUCAUGGACUUUGGGAUUAGAAUAAGAAUAAAAACUAUUCCGUUAUCAUGUGGGUUUUUCCACAGGUAUUCAUGGUUCAAUUCCAACAGAAACCAGUUCCCUUUUACAAAAAGAGACAUCACCUCUUCCCUUUGACAAGAAAUCUUCAGGAAUUUCUACAUAAGUGAAAGUCCUCAAAGAAGUCUGAAUAGCCACUGUUAAACUGCUGCUGUUACUUAAUUGCAUGAAGCCUUAUUAAUGAAAGAAAACAUAAUUUCUAGGAGAAAUAUUUGAAAUGGAGUUGAAAUAUUUGAAAUAGCAAAAUAAGUGUGGUGUCAUGCAAACAAAGCGUUGCAUAGUGUUUAUGUGUACAUAAAGUCAAAGGACUAAAUAUCUGAACUAGUGUGAAGAAAAAUAGUAAAUGUGUGAGGGAGCGUGUGAAUGAGUGAGUGAAUGAAUAAAUGUGUGUUUACAAUGAAUGCUGUCUUUGGUAUGUUACACCAUGUCAGCUCAAGUUUUUUUUUAAAUAAAUGUUUAAAACAUU